CUCUUUCAUUUUUUCACUUCCACCAUGAAUCUACAGAAUCUGCAAAAUCUGCAAAAACCCAUGAACCCAAAGCUUUCCUAAAAAACCUAGAAACAGAAGAAACCAAAUCUCUCUCUCUACUUAAACAGUGCGGGAAAAGUUGGUGACGUAUCUGGCUCCGCCUCCACCAAGCAGCAAAGAUCUUGGCCUCUGCUGAGAUGAGCUCCUCCAGUCACCUGCGUCAUCAAAUCCUGCUCGGCGUUGCUGGACCUUUACUCUGGCGAGCAAGCUCACCAGCAGGCGUUGGUCUUCGGCUUUGCAUCCGACCUCUUUAUUGAAGCUAGUAAAUAAAAAAACCCCAUCCGUCUCUCUCUCUCUCCUCUGUCUGCCUUUUUACCAGUCGAAAAUGGCUGCCAUGCACACCUCCACCACAUAUUCUCCAACCCAUAAAUCCCCAAUUGACACCCCAAAAAUCCACUCUCCUCACCUUCCUGCACUUUCUGAUCGAACACGAACUCCGCCAUGGCUAUGCAGAGCGGAAUAGGGGUUUCCAAGAUCCUGAUCUUAGCUGGGGCAGGGUAUACUGGCACCAUCCUUCUUAAGAACGGUAAAUUAUCCGAGUUGCUCGGUGAACUUCAGUCAUUGUUAAAUGGAUCCGGGGAACACGCAGACGGUGACUAUGAUUCCCUCACAGCGCAGAUUAGCCGAAUGACAGCUGAGAUCAGGCAAUUUGGCUCGUCGCGUGGCGGGGGAACGGUUUUUGUGAAUGGGAACGGUAGCCAAAUUGGUAAUAUGACAUCACUAAUAAUGCCAGCAGCUACCUUGGGAGCAGUGGGUUAUGGAUACAUGUGGUGGAAGGGUCUAAAAUUCUCAGAUAUGAUGUAUGUGACAAAGCGUGGUAUGGCUACUGCUGUUGAGAAUUUGACAAAAAAUUUGGAUAACGUGAAAGAGGCUGUUGCUAAAGCAAAUAAGCACCUGACGCAGAGAAUUCAACAUGUGGAUGACAAAAUGGCAGAGCAAAAUAAGCUCUCAAGGUCAAUUAAUGAAGAUGUUGCUGGAGUGCAACAUUCUUUCACUGAUAUUGAUUAUGACUUGAGUAGAUUGCAAAGCAUGGUUUCUGGUUUGCAGCAGCUCAAACGUUUUCAAAAGUUCAAAAUAUGGAGUCUUUAACGAGAAAAAGGGAGAAUUUGCAGAAGAAGAGGAUUGGGCCCGUCAAGUCUUCAGCUGACGAUGGCGGUGGAGGAAGUGAGUCGCUCACCGAUUUGAGCGGCGAUGACUUGAGAGAGACUAGCAGUACGAGCCGAUCCCAGUCCUCAUGAUUCUCAGGGCACUGAUGAAUCAUCAUCUCAAUUUACGGGAAGCAGGACCUUAGUUGGAAAAGAAUUUAGUGAGUCUAUGAUCUGUCAACCUGAGUUAGCAGGGACCAAGUCUCGUGAAGAACCAGAUCCUGAUAAUAUGGAUAUUAUGGAAAGCAGGGGGCAAGCAAGGAAUAAUGGACGAACCUGAUCCUGAUGCCGAUGAUGCAACAAGCAGAUUAGAUAUGGCUUUCUUUAAUCGUCCAGCUGCUUUUGAAAAUUGUGUAAAGAAAAAGUGGUGCAGUCAUGGAGGGGUCAUGUGCUCACAAAGAAGAAAAGCAAAAGCACUAACAGAAGCAAUGCUAUUGGCAGAUUUAGAUCAAAAUCCACUGCGCUUG